AUGUCGGACGCGUGGACUCAAAAUUAUGAAAGCUGUAAAAAUUAUGCACAAGAAAUCAAUCAGAAAAUAAAUGAAUUUAAAAAAUUACCUCAUAAUAGCUCACAACGAGCUAAAGUAUCAUCAAUAAUUCGUACGAUGAUAACAGAAUUUAAUAAAGAUAUUGAUAAACUUUCGAAUGAUUUAACUGCUCAAUCCCGUAAUGGUGUUAUAACAGCACGAGAAGCAAAUCGUCGACGAACAUUAGUUGAUACAAUAAAACAAUCGAAAGAAGAAAUUGAAACAACAAUGAAAGAAAGUUUUAAUACAUAUUCACCACGUGAUCGAGUGGAUCCACGUUUUGCAUCUGCUGUUGAAACAGAAAAUACUCAAGGUUUAACAAAUGAAGAAUUUACUGGACUUCGUUCAAAUUUACGAAAAAAUAAUGAUGAAGCAAUUGAUGCAUUACAUGCAAUAGUUAAACGUCAAAAAGAAAUCGGUGUUGCAAUGAAUAGUGAAGUUGAUAGACAUAAUGAAAUACUUGAUACAAUAACUGAUCGUACAAGUUUACUUGAUUCUCGUGUUAAACGUCAAACAAUGUUAGUUAAAGUUAUUGAUCGAAAAUCUUCAGCAUUAUUGUUAUGGAUUAUUAUUAUACUUCUUUUCGUUGCUAUUGUUGUAAUAGCUGCUAUUCCAUUUAAAAAAUAG